UUGUAUGUUGGACUCUCACGUGACUUGAUUUUAAGCUGAACAUAAGGUACGAUACUCACCUCAGUGUUGAGCAGCCAAACAUCAGCUAACCACUUCCUGCUCUCUGUGUGUCCUCCACAAAUAUAUUUCAAAGCUGACGGUAUAGUUCCAGUCUGUAUUUUAUCCGACAGGCAUCAUGAUCAGCUUAACCGGAGCAGCUCUGUUCUUGAUUCAGCUUUUAGUUGUGUGUCAAGUCUUUGCAGAGAUUCUCCCACAGAUUCCUUCAUUUGUCCAGAGGAAUAUCCUGGUGCCCAGGGGAGACUCCAUCAUUCUCACUUGCAACAUAUCCGAGGCAAAUGUAACUCAAAUCAACUGGACCAAAGGCAGAUCUGUUUUUGCUCAUUCAGUCUUAUGCAAUCAGAUUUCUUCCAAUUUCACCUCUCACUAUAUAAUAGACUUAAACUUACCUUCAAAGCUGAAUAUUCCUAAUGUUCAGCAUGAUGAUGCAGGACUCUAUAGAUGUGAUUUAACUGACAGAACUGGCCAACGGACUAUUGAGUGGAAUUUAACAGUGUCUGAGAAACCUGAAGGAACCAGUCUAGCGCGGUAUUUUCCAUACAUACUGACAGCUGUAAUUGGAUUGCUUCUCUGUGUCUUCACUUCAGCUGUCUGCCUCUACAGAAAGCUCAGGGCCAGGACUUCAGACCAGAGCCCGGCCCAGGAGCAGUUUCAUCUUCAGUCUGAAACAGAGGUGGCCCUCCGUCACCCGCGGGGUGGUGCAGACAGUAGAGCAAACAAGCACAGGAGUCAGUACAUGGAGAGGCUCAAUUCCAUCUAUAAUCUCUGAGGAGAUGAUAAGAGACCGAUGGACAAACCAGGUGCAUCAGAGGAAGGCAACC